GAACACAAACAAUUUCUUAUUUCAAAAAAAUGAUAAAAAUAAAAAUUUACAAAGGCAUGAAACCAAAUCGAAUUGAAUAGCUGUAACGACUAUAUUGCUGUGCUUUGUAAGAGAAUCUCCUCUUCAUCAGUUUCGUGGAUUCCACAUUACAGCUGUUAUAAAUUCUCAAAUUCUCAGAUCUGGAAAGAUGAGUGGUUUUGAGGUUCCUCUGUUUAGUCGAGAUGCAUAUAAUAUGUGGAAAAAGAAGAUGCUUCUGUUCAUCAAGUUAUCAAAUCCUGCGUAUAUGAAAAUCUUGGAAAGUGGUUCUUGUGUGCCUAAGAAGACAAUUCCUGGAAUUGCUGCGACCAGUACUAGUUCUGCAGUUUCUGAAGUAGAAGUUCCAAAAGACCCUUUUGAAUAUACAGACAAGGAAAAGGAAGCUGUUCUGUUGGACGCAAAUCUUCAGUUGAUUAUUUUUGACUCUAUGGAUGAUGAUAUGAGUCACCAGCUUAUGAACUGUGAGAGUGCUAAGCAUAUGUGGGAUACCAUUGAGCUGAUAAUGGUAGGAACUCAGGAAUACCAACUGGAUAUCCUGACGUCUAGAUAUGAAGCAUUUAAAUCUCUUCCCGGUGAAAGUAUCACUCAAGUGUUUGAGAGGUACUAUGGGCUGUUGAACCAACUAAGUGCUCAAGGGAAGAAGUACCCGCUGAGGGAGACUAACAGGAAAUUCAUGUUGACAAUGCCACGCCAUUUGGAGCAUCAGGUAUCAGCUAUUAGGGAAAGGCCUGACUUCAAGACGAUGUCACUUGCAGAACUGUAUUGGAAGUUGAAAAUUUAUGAGAUGGAACAGGAACAAAGAAAGAUCAUCUAUGGUACAAAAUUUUAAGAAAAACGUGCGUAGUGUCAGAUUUUAUGUAAAGUCUUCUUUUGGGUUAGCUAAUCAAAUAUGCUGAAGACUUGUUCUCUGAAUAUGAUCACUAAUAGCUGUUUGUAUUUUGAUCACUUGGUGGCUCAUUUUAAUUCUUGCCUUGCUAUGAUAUUCCCUUUGGUUCUGUUA